CUGUCGGUGACAAACCUUCACUCUCCUUUUUCCUUCACAGCUGAGAUUGGGAGGCCUACCUUCAACCUGACAGUGCAUGAAGACAAAAAGACCGUCACCCUGCAUGUGACUGACCCACUCACAGCUGUGUUUAAAGAUGAUCAUCAGCUGAGCAUCAGAGACAUUUUUUCUGAUGAGCUACAGUACAAAGUCUCUUACUGGAAGCAGCAGAGCACUGGCUCAAAAAUUCAAACGUUCAGCUCAAGUGUGAUAGAGAUUACCAAUCUAGAUAAAGGCGAGAGCUACUGCUUCAGGAUCCAGGCCCACAUUCCCAGCCGGUCUAAGAACCAGUUUGGACAGCUGAGUGAACUCAAGUGUUCUCAUAAUGACGAGGAGCCUGUCUUAAAAGUGUAUUCUCCUGCUGUUAUUGCUGGUGGUAUUCUCUUCAUCCUGCUGGUGGUAGGUCUGAUCACCACCAUCAUUGUGAUCUACUGCAGCCAGAAGGGAAAAGCUCUGAAGAGCGGGACAGAAGGAUGUCCACUGCAGGAUGUUUAAAGUUUCAUCCAUGUUCCUGGGUUCUGGGCAGAAUGGCGGGGCGGGGUGAGGUGUGGGGCGUCCAACCUUCCAAUGUCAUACACUGGAAUGAUCCUACUUGAAGUUUCUGUGAAACUGCCUUACACUGUGAGACAUUUAAAUGGUUGUUCUUUCAGGCUGCAGAUAACAUGCAGUUUGAAUUCAUACUGAAACGACUUCACUACAAGAUGUUUAUGGAUCUCUUUCUUUGGUGAGCGGUACAACAGAAAUAUAUAUGUUUUUAAAUAAUUUUCGGAAUAAUUGAGAUGUGGGAUUUCUUUCGGGCUCAGUAAAAGUUAAUAUAAAACUUUAUACUAAAUGAAUGCACUACAAAUACUUCAUAUCUGCUGUUUAAUUUAUGGAAAGCUCAGUUGGCAUCUUAGCGUUUUUGUUGUUAGAUGUGUUUAUUGUGAAAGGUUUUUAGAAUAUGAUUGAAUAUGAACAUUUAAAACAUUUUUAUGUGGUGUUUUAAAUAAAACUAAUGUUAUUUAUGUCCAAAGUCCUGGUUUUGUUUGCCAUUAUACAAUUGAAAUCCUCAUCAUUUGUGCAAUGCACACACAAACUAUGUGGAUUCCGAUAUUCCAGUUUUAUGUAAACCAAUAAAGCACAAGAUUUUUCAAGACAGUUAGCCUCGAAAUGUCUGUUUAGACCCUCACUGGCAUUCUGACGAGCAUCUUAAAAUUCCUUAAAUACUGCACAGCUUCAUAUUUACAUCAUUAAUGAACAGCCACUACUCCUGCCAACAUUGCCACCUCAUGAGAUGGUAAUGUUGGCAGGAGUAGUAGGACCUCUGAGAUGACUUUUUGUUAUCUGGUCACAAAUUCAUUUCACCUUUUAUUUACUAUAAAACUCACAUGCAUCCAUCCAUUGUCUUCCUCUUAUCUGAGAUCAGGUCCCAGAGCAACAGAUCCAAGUGGGAAUCUCAGACUUUUCUUUCCAUUGUCUGCACAUCCUUGCAAAAUACCACAGUCGUCUUCAUCACAUAAACUUCUUCAUGCUAAGCUUAACGAACUCAUCUUGACUUGUUGUGUGUUGCAUUGCCCCAUAAUGUCCCUCCGUGUCUGUGAGCUUCUGCCGUGUGUCCACACCACAUUAAUCAUUUCCUGACCCUCUCUUCCAUUUCAAUACAAUCAUCAUCAUUUGUAAUGAUUAAUUCCUUACAUUUAUCAAAAAUCAUCCUUUGAUGGUUUCCAGUUUUAACCUUAAAUCAUUAAAAUUUUCUCAACUUUUCUUCUUAAAAAAGUGUUUACAUAAAAGACAAAUACAAUCUCAUUGCUUUUAUCAAAGUUAUAUGUCACUGUUAGUUUAAGCUAUUUCUUUGCAUUUUCGAGUCUUAUGGUUGGGUUAGGGUUCCAAAGACUUAGCCUUUCUUCACAGGGCCUAUUGAGUUGACAAAGAAUUUUAUGAUUUAGUGUCAAAUGCCUUUGAAAAACCUACAAAUAUACCAAUUGACAAAGUUAUCAACAAA